AUGAAAGAGUGCGUGAGAGGGAGCAACACGUGGCGGCAAUCAUCGACUGUCUCAGAUGUCAAGACUCCACACACACUGCCAUUGGCUCGCAUAAAGAAAGUGAUGAAAUCUGACGAAAAAGUGAGGAUGAUCAGUGCUGAUACACCGGUGUUGUUCAGUAAAGCGUGUGAGCUAUUUGUAAUGGAAUUAAGCGUGCGGGCGUGGAUGCACACGCAACUUAACAACCGCAAAACUCUGCAGCGCAAUGACGUUGCUUUCGCUAUUAGAGACCACUCUCUCUUAGCCUUCCUCAACGACAUCGUCCCCUUGGAAUCACACCUCCGUGAUGAUGAUGAAUCCAUUCCAAACACUCAAUUUCAGGAUAAUGAUGAACCCAUUCCAAAUAACAAUAACAAUAACAAUACUGAUCAUGGAGUUUAUGUUCCUCAUCCACUCCCUCCCAACUAUAUGCAGGAGCUAGGAGGAGAUGAUCAUCAAAUGGCCUUUCCCAUGAAUUUUCCUCACAACUUCAAUCAUGCUUAUUUCCAAGAUGUUAAUCCUAGUUAUCCGCCACCUUAUGAUGGAACCAACCCUUACCUUCACUAUAAGAAUUUCUGUGCGAUUCCCACAGGCAGGAUAUCAUCUACUGCGUCUUUGAUGUCUAUCCUGAGCUGCUUCACCCCUGUCCAACAGCAGCAGCAUGCACCAUGA